UGUAAACAUGGAACAAAAAGUUAAGAAAAAAGUUAAUUUUCUGACAUAAAAAAUAUCUUAAACACUUAAAGAACCCUUCUAAUUUCAAUAAGUUGUUGUUUUUUGAAAAAAUAAGUCUGAUAAAAUGGAUUUAAAUGAUGCUUCAUUAAGUUGUGCAAUUACUCUCGAAUGGCAAAAAAAUGGCUCAAUUCAACGAAAGGUUUCUCAUAAAAGUGCAUUAGUAAGUUUAAAAAGGAAUAAAAUAAGGGAUAUUUUUAUUGAAAUAGCUGGUGAUAAAUUCGUUACCAUUAAUUUAAAACUAAAAGCUGUGACAAUUCAUAAUAAAUUUAUGGCUGAGGGUAAAACUUCAAUAAAUUUCAAAGAAGAGAAUUGUAUACUAUUUAUAUCAAAUGCACCAUCUGGAAAAUUAAUGAACUUUUUAAAAAUUAUUUUUGUGAAAAUGAAUGAAGAUAGUUGUAAAACUCCACCAUCAUCUAAAACAUCACUACGUGAUCAGCUUUUAUCCGGGAAAUUGAAAACGUAUGAUGAAAUCAGUCCCGUUACCGUGAAUGAUUUAAAGAAAGUUACAGAUCGAGUUGCUAAAGUGAUUGAAGUUAAUACUUCACCAACUUCACGAAAACGUAAAUUAAAUGAUAGUUCGACUACUCCACCAGCAAAAAAAUUGUUUAGACAAUUAACAUCAAAUACAUCAAUUGAUUUGAAUCCUGAACAGAAAAGAGUAUUGGAAGCUUGUGUUCAAGGACAUAAUGUCUUCUUUACAGGAAGUGCUGGAACUGGAAAAAGUUUUUUGCUAAAACGGAUAAUUGCGACCCUACCUCCUGAUGUGACAAUAUCGACAGCAUCAACCGGUGUAGCUGCAUGUCACAUUGGUGGAGUAACGCUGCAUUCAUUUGCUGGUAUUGGUAAUGGAGAAGGUUCUAUCGAUCGAUGUGUUCAACUUGCAUCAAGACCACAAGUACUAUCAGUUUGGAAAAAAUGUAAACAUUUGAUUAUCGAUGAAAUAUCAAUGGUAGAAGGUUCCUUUUUUGAGAAAAUUGAAGAAGUUGCACGUCGUGUUCGUAAAAAUGAUAAACCAUUUGGAGGUAUUCAAUUAAUUCUCUGUGGCGAUUUUUUACAACUACCUCCAAUUAUUCGCAGAGAAUUAAGCAAUUCACAAAACAACAAGAAAUUUUGUUUUCAAACUAAAGCAUGGAAUCAAUGUGUACAAAGCUGUUUUGAACUCCAAAAGGUCCACCGUCAAUCCGACCCAGAAUUUGUAAAUAUUUUAAAUAAUUUAAGAAUCGGUCGAGUAACCGAAGAAAUUGAGCAGAGAUUACUAAACACAGCUAAGCAAAAAAUUGAUGGUGAUGGAAUUUUAGCAACGAAAUUGUGCUCACUAAUGCAAGAUGUGAAUACAAUAAAUCAACAAAAAUUAGCAAGUUUACCUGGUGAAUCAAAAAUAUUCGAUGCAAUCGAUAGUGAUCUAUCUUUGACGAAACAAUUAGAUCAACAAACACCAGUUCCAAGUAAAUUAGAAUUAAAAAUCGGUGCACAAGUAAUGUUAAUGAAAAAUAUUCACGUUGCAAAUGGUUUAGUAAAUGGGGCACGUGGAAUCGUGAUAAAAUUCACAGACGGUCUACCAUUAGUAAAAUUUAAAAAUAAUAAAGAAUAUUUAGUAAAACCAGAACGAUGGAUUGUUAAGCCACCAAGUGGAAAUGUAUUUUCUAGAAGACAAAUACCAUUACGCUUAGCAUGGGCAUUUUCGAUACAUAAGUCACAAGGUUUAACAUUAGAUUGUGCAGAAGUAUCAUUGAAAAGUGUAUUUGAAGCAGGUCAAGCUUAUGUUGCACUAUCGCGAGCACAAAGCUUGGAAACAUUAAGAGUUUUAGAUUUUAGUUCACAGAAAGUGUGGGCUGAUCGAGAUGUACUUUUAUUUUAUAGGAAUUUUAGACGACGCUUGAAACAAUUAGAAAUUAUUCCUUUAGGACGUAAAAAAUUAUAAGCAAGCC